UAAUUUAGAAAAAUAUAGACUUUGGUAUUGCUUUUGUUUUACUGUAAAUUGUAAUCUAGCCAAAGUGUAUUAUGUAUGAAUGUGCCCCCUUCUAUCAACUACCUACCACUGAUAACUCCACCCCCACCAUCAUCAUCAUCAUCAUCAUCAUCAUCUCUCUAAGCUCAUAAUCUCUACUCUCUACUCUCCAUGCUGCCACUGCCAUUGCCAAAGUCAGUGCCAUUGCUUGGGCUUUCUUUCUUAUUAACAUAACCCCACCUCCCACUUCUCUCUCUCAUUCCCCAUUUCCUUCUUUGCUCUAAUAAUCAUGGAAAAAGAUUUCCACUUUACAAGAGAUCUAGGGCUUCAUCUCAUCUUCCUUUUUUGUUUCUGAGCAAUACCCAUCUCUUCAGCAAAGAACUUUUGCACCCAGAAGAUGGCAUCGGGUCUUAAUGAGGGGUUAUCCCGGAAAACUUCUGUUUUGGGCUUGAGGGUUUGGGAGCUAACUGCCAUUAUUGUGGGGUUGUUUAUAAUUCUGAUUCUGUUAGUGCUAUCCUUCUGUCUUUCUUCAAGAAAACGAUCAAGAAGGGCCAAGAGUUCGAUUCCCUUUACCCAAAUUCCAAAUCUUUCCAGGGAAAUCAAAGAGAUUAGAGUUGAUCAAGUUGGUGCAAACGUUCAUCACAAUGUCACUUUUAUGUCUCUUGAUGAUAAGUUUAGUGACAAGGAGAUGGAGACAGUUUUGAUCCAUCCAAAGAUGGGAGUUAAUAGCAGCCAAUCUGGCUCAUUUACAAACAUAGAGAAGGAAGGUGUGGGUGCUCAAUCUGGUGAACAAGGUGGUCUCCGUAUGGUUUCUGUUCACAAAUCUUCACCAAAUCCUGUAAGUGUUCCUUCGCCACUCUCUGGUCUGCCUGAGUUCUCUCACCUUGGUUGGGGUCAUUGGUUUACACUGAGGGACUUAGAAGUUGCAACAAGUUGGUUUUCAACUGAAAAUGUCAUUGGUGAGGGUGGGUAUGGUGUUGUUUAUCGUGGUAAUUUGAUUAAUGGUACCCCUGUUGCUGUCAAGAAGCUGCUCAACAAUCUGGGACAAGCUGAGAAGGAAUUCAGAGUGGAAGUUGAGGCCAUUGGUCAUGUGCGGCAUAAGAACUUGGUUCGACUUUUGGGAUAUUGUAUUGAAGGCACUCACAGGAUGCUGGUGUAUGAGUAUGUCAACAAUGGCAACUUGGAGCAAUGGCUCCAUGGAGCUAUGAGCCAUCAUGGAUAUCUUACCUGGGAGGCACGAAUGAAAGUUCUUUUGGGCACUUCUAAAGCGCUUGCUUAUCUGCAUGAGGCCAUUGAACCUAAAGUUGUGCACCGAGACAUCAAGUCUAGCAAUAUCUUAAUUGACGAUGAAUUCAAUGCUAAGAUAUCAGAUUUUGGUCUGGCAAAAUUGCUGGGCGCUGGAAAGAGUCAUAUUACAACUAGGGUCAUGGGUACCUUUGGAUAUGUGGCUCCGGAGUAUGCCAAUUCUGGCCUUUUAAAUGAGAAGAGCGAUGUUUAUAGUUUUGGCGUUGUGCUCUUGGAAGCAAUUACCGGAAGAGACCCUGUUGAUUACGGGCGGCCAUCACAUGAGGUAAAUCUAGUAGACUGGCUGAAGAUGAUGGUUGGAAAUAGGCGUUCAGAAGAGGUGGUGGAUCCAAAAAUUGAUAAUAGACCAUCAACAAGUGACCUUAAAAGAGCCCUUUUGACUGCUUUGAGGUGUUUAGAUCCUGAUGCGGACAGAAGGCCUAAAAUGAGUCAAGUUGUUCGCAUGCUUGAGUCAGAGGAAUAUCCCAUACCUCGAGAGGGUCGGAGACACCGCAAGAGUAAUGCAACAUUGGCCGAGUCCCAGACAGAGAAUUCUGAUACAGAUAAGAGUGACCACCCAGAUACAAGGCCAAUCAGAAGGAACAAGGGGAGAUAGACUGGUGGUCAGCUCAUCUCCAUGUAUAGAAUUUGAUGAACAUAAGCCAAUUGGCAAAGGUUGCAUUUUUCUUCAGUAUUUGAAAUACUUGAAUCUGCCUUCAUUUGAGACGAAGUACAGCUGGCGGAAACGAGUGAAGAUGAAUUUUUUCUUUUUCUUUUUUUGAACUUUGAAUACUUUGCUUGUAGAUCUUGUGGGGGGUGGGGGCACCCCCGCAGCUGGUUGUGUGUACAGUUCUGGGGUUUUUCCUUCCCCUCUUAGAUCAUUUAGCUCGUGAGAAUUACUAGGAAUCCCCUCAUUGCAAAGGAAAAUCUAUUAAAGAAAACAAAGGAACUGAUUUUUGUGAUCAUAACUAUAAGGAAUUUUAAUUUCUGUGAACCGAAAUAUAUUAUCUGUGGAACCACUUGUUCUGUUUUAAAUGUCAAUGCUUUUUUAUUUUUAUGUUA